AUGUACGUUGCUUCAUCGAGUUCCCUGGUCUUUUCAGCGAUUCAUUUGUGUUAUAAAUAUGGAUCCCGGAAAAGCCACGAUUUGGACGAUGGGGAUCACAUGGACGAUGCAGAGGCCAACGGCAAGUCGGGUGCCGUGUGCAAAAACGAGGUGGACGAGGCGGUAGACGAGGCCGGGGGCGAGCCGGAAGAGGAAGAAGACUUGGCAGAGGAAGAUGCGGAAGACGAUGCGGAGGAAGAGGAGGGUGACGAGGCGGAGGAAGAGGAGGGUGACGAGGCGGAGGAAGAGGAGGGUGACGAGGCGGAGGAAGAGGAGGGUGACGAGUCCGAAAAGGAGUCGGAAGACGAGUCCGGAGGAGAGCCGUCUGACGAAGGGGACGAGGAGUCUGAGGAAGAGCAGGAGGAUGAGGAAGAUGAUGCGGCGGAAGUGGCGGAGGGCGCAGAUGCACAUAAGACUCAUGUCACGAAGAAGGCAAGCUUUGACGAGAUGUUGGAAGAGCAGGGUGACAGUGAUGGUGAUGCCAUGGAGGAUGAGGCUGUGGCUGAGGAACGUGCUUUGCUGCCUGAAAAGCUGAAGGCGCUCGAUGAGAUCAAGGAACCAAUCAUCGGCUCGAAGUUUGCUGGAAAGGGCGCCAAACCUCUUUCGAGUGCAGGACCCUCUAAGGUUCCUCCUAAGCCACCGCAAGGGAAUGCUGCAGUCGCCGCGUCUAAGGGAAAGGAGAAGUUGGUGGCGAAAGAGAGUAUGCUCAGUGGGAAGACGAAACGGGAGUCCACCGUGGUGGUUGGUGGUGCACCGAAGAAGCAGAACACCGGUGAAGUUUCGGGCAAAGCGAAGGCAACUCCUAAGGCAGUAGGCGUUGGGGCACGUGGGGUAAAGGCUAAGGCAGCCGCUCCCAAGGACUCUGGAGCUGCACCACCGUUGAAGGUGAUCACCGAAGCCACCAAGCGCUUCGAGCUCAUACCUGCCAAGAAAACCAAGUCUGUGGCGGCAUCCUGCGAUCGCCGCAGGGAGCAUGUUGGUGUAUCAAACGCGGAUCUUGACCAAGUCGAGCGACGCGUGAUGGCAUGGAUCGCCGAAAUGCUGUCGGCCAUGGCUCGGGGUGCUGGUCAGUCCGUUGGAAUUGGAACGCCUGCAGCAGCACCUCCACAUGCUGGCCCGAGCAACAGUUCGUCGGAAGGGCUUCCCAGUGGCAACAGUCCCUUGGCAAACCACCGCGAAAUCGUCUACAAAGCAGUAGUUGACUUCAAGGUGGGUUGCUUGUGGUGGACUACGUCUUGA